AGAGAGGCGGAGAGGAGAGCACCGGGAGAGGCGAGCUGUCCUCCGGUGUCGACGCUUCAUCCACUUAAAGGCAAGAUUUACCGGCGGGACUCUUUGGGGAUAUUUAGCGGCGCUGAUCUCCUUUAACGUCCGGCCGAGAGGAGAGACUGCUGCCGCCGUUAGCCUGUUAGCCUGUUAGCUCCGGCUACAUGGCCAGCUAGCACAACAAAGCUAACCCGCCGUUAGCCGCUGGACCCGGCGAAGUGAGCCCAGAGCCGAGGAAGGGGGAAUGGAAAGAGUUCGCCCGGAGAGCACCUUGAGAAGAAACGACGACUGAAACCGAAUUACUUCUAGUUCCCUGAAUCACCGGUUGUUGGUGUUACUGUAAUCCCCAUCAUGGUGCAGAAGUACCAGUCGCCCGUGCGGGUGUACAAGCAUCCCUUUGAGCUGGUCAUGGCGGCCUACGAGCGCCGCUUCCCCACCUGCCACCUCAUCCCCAUGUUUGUGGCGAGCGAUGUGGUGGACGAGGAGACCAGCGAGGACGGCGCCACCCACAAGAUCGAGCGCCGCUGUGCUCUGGACGUCGACGCUCCACGCCUCCUCAAAAGGAUUGCCGGCGUGGACUACGUCUACUUCAUCCAGAAAAACAAGCUGAACCGAAAGGAGAGGACGCUGCACAUCGAGUCCCACAAUGAGACCUUCUCCAACAGGGUCAUCAUCCACGAGACCUGCUGCUACUCGGUCCACCCGGAGAACGAGGACUGGACGUGUUUCGAGCAGACCGCCAGCCUGGACAUCAAGUCCUUCUUCGGCUUUGAGAGCAACGUGGAGAAGAUUGCCAUGAAGCAGUACGCCAGCAGCAUCAAAAAGGGAAAGGAGAUCAUCGAGUACUACCUGAAGGAGCUGGAGGACGAGGGCAUCACUCACGUGCCCCGCUGGACCCCGUCGUCGCUCUCCCUGCCCCUGCCCAGACCCACCAGCCUCUCCAGCCCACCGGUUCUCCCCAAACUCGCCGUCACGCCCGCCGUUUCCAUCCCGCCGGCCGCCGACGCCAAAGACGGCGCUUCACCGGACGCCAAGCAGGACGCCAGCGUUGUCCAGACAGAGAGUCUGACUGAGAUCCUGGCCGGCACACCUGAAGAUAAACUGGAUGCAGAUUACAUCAAGCGUUACCUGGGCGACCUGACCCCGCUGCAGGAGAGCUGCCUGAUCCGACUUCGCAAAUGGCUCCAGGAGACGCACAAGGGAAAGAUCCCCAAAGACGAGCACAUCCUGCGUUUCUUGCGGGCCCGGGACUUCAACAUGGACAAGGCCCGGGAGAUCUUGUGCCAGUCCCUGACCUGGAGGAAGCAGCACCAGGUGGACUACCUGCUGGAGACCUGGAGCUCCCCGCAGGUGCUGCAGGACUACUACACCGGCGGCUGGCACCACCACGACAGAGACGGCCGCCCGCUGUACAUCCUGAGGCUGGGCCAGAUGGACACCAAAGGGCUGGUUCGCGCUCUCGGGGAGGAGUCGCUGCUCAGACACGUGCUGUCCAUCAACGAAGAGGGUCUGAGGCGCUGCGAGGAGAACACCAAGGUGUUCGGCCGGCCCAUCAGCUGCUGGACGUGCCUGGUGGACCUGGAGGGGCUGAACAUGCGCCACCUGUGGCGGCCGGGAGUCAAGGCGCUGCUGAGGAUCAUCGAGGUGGUGGAGGCCAACUACCCCGAGACUCUGGGGCGGCUGCUCAUCCUGAGGGCGCCCAGGGUCUUCCCGGUCCUUUGGACGCUGGUGAGUCCGUUCAUCGAUGAAAACACCCGCAAGAAGUUCCUGAUCUACGCGGGCAACGACUACCAGGGUCCCGGAGGUCUGGUGGAUUACAUCGACAAGGAGAUCAUCCCCGACUUCCUGGGAGGAGAGUGCAUGUGCGAGGUACCGGAGGGCGGCCUGGUCCCCAAGUCCAUGUACCGCACGGCCGAGGAGCUGGAGAACGAGGACGUCCGCCUGUGGACCGAGACCAUCUACCAGAGCGCCAGCAUCUUCAAGGGAGCUCCACACGAGCUGCUGAUCGAGAUCAUCGACGCCUCCUCGGUCAUCACGUGGGACUUCGACGUGUGCAAAGGCGACGUUGUCUUCAACAUCUACCACUCCAAACGGGCCCCGCAGGCGCCGCGCAAAGACCCGCUGGGGGCCCACGGCAUCACCUCGCCGGGGGGCAACAACGUGCAGCUCAUCGACAAGUCCUGGACGCUGGGCCAAGACUACAGCAUGGUGGAGUCCCCGCUCACCUGCAAGGAGGGCGAGAGCGUGCAGGGUUCCCAUAUCACCCGGUGGCCAGGCUUCUACAUCCUCCAGUGGAAGUUCCACAACAUGCCGGCCUGCUCGGCCACCAACCUGCCCCGAGUGGACGACGUCCUGGCCACGCUGCAGGUCUCCUCCCACAAGUGUAAAGUCAUGUACUACACCGAGGUGCUGGGCUCCGAGGACUUCAGAACGGCUUGCUGUGAUGUGCAGAGUUUGGGUUCCAUGACCAGCCUGGAGUCGAGCCACAGCGGCUUCUCCCAGCUCAGCGCCGCCACCACCUCCUCCAACCAGUCCCAGUCCAGCUCCAUGAUCUCCAGGUAGGAUCCGGCGGCGGAGGACUUGGACCCCCGGCAGCCCCGACCCCUCCACCACCGGCCGGACCAGCGGAGCCGACCCUUCCCCUGCCCCCCCUCGUCCUCGUCCUCGUCGUCUUUGGACUCUGGUCCUAUUGCACAGCCAGUCUCCGUGGACCUGAUGCAUGCUUGCACAAACAGAAGACAAAGGAUUUAGGCAAAAAGAUAAAACAACAACAACAGACUAAAACCACGUGUACAAUUUUAAAGGGCUGAUUUUUGCACAAAGGUCGUAUAUUUUUCGUGCCUGGCGUCCGGGCCGGGCGGCGGUUUGCAUCGGACCAUUUUGCAGAAUGUUGGGGUGGGAAGGUGAAACGAAGCAAUAUUCUCAUCCAGGGAGCUGCGGGACACUGGAUACCGACACUGGAGGCGCUGUUACAUAUAUGCAUUUACAUCGACACCCACAGAAGCGAGGCGGUGCGUACCUCACUCACAGGCGUCGACUGGCAAGACUGGAUUUGCUGUUACACAAGUGGACGCUUGGCGGCGUUCUGCCAUGUUGUUACUGGAGGGCUUUGUUUCUGGGAGCUGUUUAUAGGUCACAUAUGGGCGGGUGGGCGGGGUCAACACCUGAACUAGAUCCGGGUCAAGCGGUUUGUUUUGGAGCUCGCUGAAUCUCAACAGCGUGACGGAUGGUGUUGGGCUGCGAUCCGUUGCGCUGCCCCCAUGUGGCGAACUCUUUGGAUGUUUGACUCUUAGCGAAGUGAUCCGCUAGAAGCAAUAACACGAGUUUGACUUUCUACUGUGUGAGAUGUUUCUAUUUAUCGCGCCGGUUUGCCAGGUGAACCUUUUAGUUGCAGGCGGCGAAAUUCUGUGACAUCAUCGAUUCCCAUUUUCUACAACGGGAGAGAAGCAAAAAUAACGUUUUAUCAUCGCACAAGGGGUGUCCUGAUCAAGAUUUCCCAACGAGUCCCAAUUGGAUCCGAUUUCAAGCUCGUUAAAGUUCAUAAAAUCGAUCGUGACGCUCCGGUUGGACGUCGUCUUGGUGAGGUUCUUACUGAGGCUCCGUAAGUCGGUUAAAAUUCAUUUGAUUGGACGCAGCGUUGUCGCUACCACCUCGCGAAGGACUCACACUACAGAUGUUACAGGUUGCUUUUUAGUUUCAACUACGUCUACGUCGCAGGUAGUUUUAGCCGCGGCUCGUAGGGACGCUAGCGGUUAAUCGGUUAGUCGUUAAACUGAUACGUUGGGCGGAGUCUCGUAGCGCUUCGUACUGCAUCGGCCAGAGGAGGGCGGCCGUUUUGUGUCGGCAAGCAGAGAGCGUUGUGGGGAUUUGGCUAGCGAAGGGGCGCCAUGACGAAGACGUGGUGGCGCCUGAUGACCUCCGACCUUGUGUGUGAGGGAAACUGGGAUCGACUGGCGUAUAAAUCGAACCCGAAGUCGUGCGUCUGUCAAAGACAAAUGUCGUCUGAACUCAUUGCACCGCUAGCGUCCUGCAAACGUAAACGAAGGACGAGACUCAGGUUUCCGGAUCAGGACAUCCCUACGUCGUAGAAUAUUUCAGUAAUCUGUACUCGGGUCGACCACAGCCGGCUCGCUUCCCGUCCCAGCGUCCGCACAAUUAAGGAACUGGAGCCCAAACUUCCGUCAUCGAGCAGAUGCCUUGUGGCUGAUCGGUGGACGCGCUACUGAUCGGCUCGCGAACCGACGAGAUGCCCGAGUCGGGAUUAGGGGUGGCGACGUAACCGGGUCGGAGCUGCGAGUGGCUUCGGGGGCGAAUGUCUCUCCGUGAUUAUCAUUGAUACUGUACAUGUGCUAGUGUUGGUUUUUUUUACUGUGUUUCGGAGCGCGGCGGCGGUGGUUGGGUUUACGGUUAUCUACUAUUUAAGAAAUUAAGAUAUAGCCAUUUUCUCAGAGCCAUGUGUCAAUAAAAUACCAUGUUAGCCUUCGUAAGCAUCACGUAGGUCACCGCUGUAGCGCAUCGCGUAUCCACGGGACAUUUCCGACCCAUCCACGAUGCGACCGUUUGUUUUUUCUGUUUGUUUUGACGUGGUUGAAUCGGCACAGACGACGACUUUACUCGUCGAUCACGAUUGCCAAGAGUCGUCGGGAUGCUGUUGCCAUGGUUACUGAAUGCAGCUGAGAGCAAAAAAUUAAAAAAAAAUCACAAUAAGGCGGCGAGUCCUGGUGAUGGAAACCUGCCUGUUGUUUAGUUUUCUAGCCGGCGGUGUCGACUCGUUGUCAACUGCAAUAACAUGAAAUGAUGCUUUACUGAGAUAAAGGACCUCCGUCAGAGCGAGGGCUACGAGUGUGUGUGUGUGUGUGUGUGUGUGUGUGUGUGUAAUAAUGAAUGUUAGGAGGGAGGUUACCACGUAGAAAUAAAACAUGCCUGUAAAAUGUGUGUGAACGCUGGGAACUGUGGUCUGUGAGCUCUGAUGGCGUUCCUCCUUUCGUUUCUCUGCUCUCCGCCGCCUGAACACUCCAGAUUCAUUGGGUUGUGUUUAUGUGAGAAGGCGGAGUGGACCGACGGAGGACAGAUCACACCGUUACUGUUUCAUCUCCACUGAUUGGAAACCUUGGGCUGUGUCCUGCAGCGUCGUCUCAUCAGGAUCUCAUCGACGAAUGAGGGCUAUAACUGUUUCGUCCGUCUCUCUGCUUCCUUUGCAUAUCUUCUCUUUACCUAGAUGUGAGCAGUUGUGUAAAAAAAAAUAAAGAAAUAAACAAAAAAAAAAAAGAAGUACAUGUUUGGAUUAAAGAGAAUAUGGCGCCUUUACUUGUUUUUUUUUGGAAACAUUAAACUUGAAUUAUGAGAAAAG